ACCUUCUCGCUCGGCAAGACCUUUCUUUGCUAAUGCAGCGUCUAAGCUGCAGUCAUCCAGGAAGGAUGAUUUAAACAGUAAACAGAGAAAAAUUAGCUUAAGUGAGAAGAUUCUGAGGACUGGGAGCGACGGAAAUUUGGUCAAACAGCAGCAGGUGCAGUCGGCGGCAACUCCAGCUCAGCGGAAGUCCUCAGCACACAAAGAACAAGGGAAAGGCAACCUGCAUGUGACGUCCUUGGAAGAUGCAGAAUGCCGCAGGACCAAGGAGCGCCUUGCUAAUGGGAACAGUCGAGCUCCCGUCUCAAGGGCUUCCCGAAAUAUCCCGAGGAGACACACGCUAGGUGGGCCCCGAAGUUCCAAAGAAAUCCUGGGAAUGCAGACAUCUGAGAUGGACCGGAAGAGAGAAGCCUUCUUGGAGCACCUGAAACAGAAAUACCCGCACCACGCCACAGCGAUCAUGGGGCAUCAGGAGAGGCUGAGAGAUCAGGCUCUGAAGUGCAUGCUGAUAUCCCUUCAGGCAGAACUUGACAUGCAAAGGUACUUGAUGAAAAUUGAAUCAUCUCAGCGAACAAGAAGCCCCAAACUGUCUCACAGUCCUCAGCCUCCCACCUCGGGUGACCUGGCGGAGCACUUGUCGGAGACAUCUGGGGACUCUCUGGAAGCCAUGUCUGAGGGUGAAGUGCCGAGCCCUUUCUCCAGAGGCAGCCGCACUCGAGCAAGCCUUCCGGUGGUGAGGUCGGCCAACCAGACAAAGGAGAGAUCUCUGGGAGUUCUCUAUCUCCAGUACGGAGAUGAAACCAAACAGCUCAGGAUGCCGAACGAAAUCACAAGUACAGACACGAUCCGUGCCCUCUUUGUAAGUGCCUUUCCCCAGCAGCUCACCAUGAAAAUGCUGGAGUCGCCCAGCGUUGCCAUUUACAUCAAAGAUGAAAGCAGAAAUGUCUAUUAUGAAUUAAAUGAUGUAAGGAAUAUUCAGGACAGAUCUCUCCUCAAAGUGUACAACAAGGAUCCUUCGCAUGCAUUUAAUCACACAUCAAAAACUGUGAAUGGAGACCUGAGGAUGCAGAGGGAGAUUGUCUACGCACGAGGGGACGGCCCUGGCAGCCCUCGACCUGGCGCCCCAGCUCCUCCCCACGCCCUUCCGCAUUCCCCACCGCCCACUCCCGGGCCCCACUCCAUGCCUCCGUCCCCGUCCAGGAUUCCGUAUGGGGGCGCCCGCCCCAUGGUGGUCCCCGGCAACGCCACCAUCCCCAGGGACAGACUCUCCAGCCUGCCCGUCUCCAGAUCCAUCUCCCCCAGUCCAAGCGCCAUCUUGGAAAGAAGAGACGUCAAGCCGGAUGAGGACCUGAGUGGCAAAACCCUGGCGAUGUACAGGAACGAGGCUCUCUAUGCGGAUCCUUACCUGUACCACGAGGGCCGCAUGAGCAUAGCCUCGUCCCACGGCGGGCACCCCCUGGACGUCCCCGAUCACAUCAUCGCUUAUCACCGCACGGCCAUCCGCUCCGCCAGCGCCUAUUGCAACCCCUCUUUGCAAGCAGAAAUGCACAUGGAGCAGUCGCUGUACAGACAGAAAUCAAGGAAGUAUCCCGAAAGCCACUUGCCCACUCUGGGCUCCAAAACACCCCCUGCGUCUCCUCACCGCGUGGGCGACCUGCGAAUGCUGGACCUGCACCCCCAUCCCAAUGCCCACGGGGCCCCCCACACCCUGCAGCCCGACCGCACCUCGCCCGGCCGCCAGUCCUUCAGAAAGGAGCCGGGCACCCUGGUGUACAUCGAGAAGCCGCGGAGCACUCCGGGGAUGGCUGGCCUCGUGGACCUGGGCCCUCCUCUAGUGGAGAAGCAAGUUUUUGCGUACAGCACUGCUACGAUCCCCAAAGACAGAGAGACCAGAGAGAGGAUGCAAGCCAUGGAGAAGCAGAUCGCCAGUCUAACUGGCCUUGUUCAGUCUGCGCUUUUUAAAGGGCCCAUUACAAGUAGUAGCAAAGAUGCAUCUAGUGAGAAAAUGAUGAAAACCACAGCCAACAGGAGCCACACAGACAGUGCAGGCACACCACACGCUCCUGGUGGGAAGACUCUGGAGUGCACGACACCCUCCGGCCAGGCCCUGCCGCCCAGCACCUCGGCCAUCCACAUGAGCCUGCUGGACAUGAAGCGGAACGUGGCUGAGCUCAGGCUGCAGCUGCAGCAGAUGAGGCAGCUCCAGCUGCAGAACCAGGAGCUGCUGAGGGCGAUGCUGAAGAAGGCUGAGCUGGAAAUCAGUAGCAAAGUGAUGGAAACCAUGAAGAGGCUGGAGGACCCGGCGCAGCGACAGCGCACCCUGGUGGAGCAAGAGAGACAAAAGUAUCUUCGCGAAGAGGAGCGGAUUGUCAAGAAGUUAGGCGAGCUGGAAAACUUUGUGGAAGACUUGAAGAAGGACUCUUCUUCCGCUGGCCGAGUGGUCACUCUAAAGGCCGUGGAGGAUGGGGCCUUCCUCCUGCGACAAGUGGGAGAAGCCGUAGCUACCCUGAAAGGAGAAUUUCCAACCCUACAAAACAAGAUGCGCGCCGUCCUGCGCAUAGAGGUGGAGGCGGUGCGCUUUCUGAAGGAGGAGCCGCACAAGCUGGACAGCCUCCUGAAGCGUGUGCGGAGCAUGACAGACGUCCUCACCGUGCUGCGGAGGCGUGUCACCGACGGGCUCCUGAAGGGCACAGACGCAACCCAAGCCGCGCAGUACAUGGCUAUGGAAAAGGCCACAGCGGCAGAAGUCCUGAAGGAUCAGGAGGAGGCGGCCCCUGCCCCCGGCCAGCCCCGCCAGUGCCCCGGCGCCCCUGGGGAAGUGAGGGCGGAAGUGCUGGGCCUGUCCGCCACAACGCCUCACCGCGCCCCUGGGGAAGUGAGGGCGGAAGUGCUGGGCCUGUCCGCCACGACUCCUCACCGCACGCAGAGCUCUCCCGUGGUCGUCCAGCCCUCCCAGCGCUCCUUGGCUCUGCCGAACCCCGCCCAGAGCAUGCCCGCCGGGGGCCCUGACCCAUACACGGCCAGCCCUCCGGGGCUCAAGCCGGAAGUCGCCCCUGCCGCGCAGUCCCCUCAGGCACCCGUCGGUGGGGCCGCCACGCAGAGCCUGUUCAUUGAGGAAAUCCACAGUGCGAGUGCCAAGAACAGGGCCGUGUCCAUCGAGAAAGCAGAAAGGAAAUGGGAAGAGAAAAGGCAAAAUCUGGAGCACUAUAAUGGGAAAGAGUUUGAGAAGCUGCUGGAAGAAGCUCAGGCUAACAUCAUGAAGUCGAUUCCAAACCUAGAGAUGCCACCGAAGGGGGAUGCCCCAGUGGAGAAGCCAGAGCUGUCAGAAGACUCUCCAGAUUCAGAACAGGACCCGGACAAGCUGGGGGGGAAGCCCUCCCCUCCACCCCCAACACCCCCUCGGCGGAGCUACCUGCCGGGGCUGGGACUCACCACCACGCGGUCCGGUGACGUGGUCUACACCAGCAGAAAGGACAGCACCAGCUCUAAGGCAAGUGGCGCAGAUGCUGGACAAAGCCCACAGAGUAGAACCACAAAGUGUGCAGUGGAGGAGGCUGCUGCAGCCUGGCCCCCCUCCCCGCCUCUGGCCGUUACCUCUUCCUGGAAGGAUGAGGAGGAAGAAGAGGAGGAAGGAGAGAAGCUAAUGGCAGAGCUGCAGGCAUUCCAGAAGUGUUCCCUUAUGGAUAUAAACUCACACAGUCAUGCUGAGCAGUCCCGGGCUGACAGCCACGUUAACGACACUAGGCCAGGUGCCACAGCCCUGCCCAAGGAGAAGAAGGGCAUUUUUGGAAGCUGGAGGACAAAGCAAGCCCAGAAUUUGGAAUUUUUCCACGAAGAUGUUCAGAAAUCUGAUGUUGAAUAUGAAAAUGGGCCCCAUGUGGAGUCUCAGGUUGCCACGGGGGUUCGGAGACCCGGGGACCCUCUUAAGUGGGAAACAGGACUGGAGAAUAGUAUUCCUGAGGCAUCAAGAAUAUCAGAAUAUAAAACUGACAACCUAAUGAAGGAAAGUUCCCUAUCCAAUAAAACUUUAUUCAGGGACAGCAGAAACUAUUCCCAGAAAAAUGUGCCGAAGGUCAAUUUCAUUCUCACUGGAAUUCAUUCCCUCGAAGAUGAAAUAAACAAAGGGCCUGAAGUCCCAGCACUGCAGCACCCGCUACCUGACACUGAGGCUCUGGAGGUGACUUAUGGGAAGAUGAAAGAGACGGGUCAGCAAGCACAAGAAAACACAGAGAAGCCUCACAUUCCCGCCACCGCGUGGUCAACAGAGCCGAGCGUCCGCGAGAUCAAGAUGCAAGAUCAAGCCACGCUCAUGACAGAUCCUGGCCAAGUUGUGCUGAGACCCAAAGCGACAAGGCAGAGUAAUGGGGCUUCUCCUCGUGAGAAGGGAGAGUCUACCCCAAGAUCUCCCACCGAAGAGAAUGCCGCCGCCGACAACAUCGCCUUCAUGAUUACCAAAACCGCUGUCCAGGUCCUGUCCAGUGGUGAGGUCCAUGCUAUAGUGAGCCAGAAGGGGCAGGAGGUCCAGACGGUGAACAUCGAUGCCAGGAAGGAGACAGCUUCACAACAGGAAGGGGCUGAACAUGAAGAGCCAGUCGUGUGCCUGGACAAAAAGCCAGUCAUCAUCAUUUUUGAGGAGCCCAUGGACAUCCGGUCUGCCUACAAGAGGCUUUCCACCAUCUUUGAGGAGUGUGAUGAGGAGCUGGAGAGAAUGAUGACAGAGGAAAAGAUAGAGGAGGAGGAGGAGGAGGAGGAGGAGGAGGAGAAUGGAGACCCCGCCGUCCAGAAUAACACUUCCCAAAAGUCCCUUCCGCAGGUGGCCCCUGGCAGUCUUCGCGUGGGACAGCAGGAGGUAACGAAAUUCCAGCCAGGCCUCCUGUCCACGGAGACCAGGACCUCGGGAGGACAGGAAACGUAUCAAAGCGAGCCAAGCACGUCCAGUGCAGCAGACUUCCCCAAUUCUGACGGCAAGUGUGACACGGCCGAUGACCAAUUUGAAAGCCCCAAGAAAAAGUUUAAAUUCAAGUUCCCUAAAAAGCAACUUGCUGCCCUCACUCAGGCGAUUCGCACCGGAACCAAGACAGGAAAGAAGACCCUCCAAGUGGUGGUCUACGAGGAGGAGGAGGAGGACGGCGCCCUGAAGCAGCACAAAGAAGCCAGGCGGUUCGAGAUCAGCCGGUCACAGCCUGAGGACGCCUUGAAAAAUGCGACUAGUAGACAAGAGCAGCCGAGGCAAGACAGCACCUGUCAGAUUUCGAGAACCGACGAGAUCAGAAAAAAUACCUACAGGACGCUGGACAGCCUGGAGCAGACCCUAAAACAGCUGGAAAACACCAUCAGUGAAAUGAGUCCCAAAGCCCUAGUGGAAACUUCCUGUACUUCCGACAGAGAUUCGGGGGCAGGCUCGGCCCACGAGGCCUCUCCCCGAAACUUGCUAGCUCUGGAUGAAGCCCCCCCUGCCCCAGAGCCCCCCACAUCCAUAUCUUCGGCUUCACGUAAGGCCUCCAGUGGGACCCCUCCAACGAGCCGGAUGCCCGUCCCCAUGAGCUCCAAGAGCCGCCCCGCCAGCCUGGACAAGCCCAGCAAGCAGUCCAAACUGCAGGACCCCCGCCAGCUCCGUCAGGCUAAUGGAAGUGCUAAGAAAGCUGGUGGGGAUUGUAAGCCUACUUCCCCGUCCUUACCUGCUUCUAAGAUUCCAGCCCUUUCUCCCAGCUCUGGGAAAAGCAGUUCCCUGCCCUCCGCUAGUGCUGACGGCUCUAACCUCCCUCAUCCACCGGCUGCUAAACCGGCGACCGCUUCUAACCCUCUCAGCCCCCAAGCAGGACGGCCGGUGCUCUCGCUCUCCGCCUGCCUCAUCCCGUCCGUCCCUAACGGCUCCUUGAAGUCCCAGAGCCCCGCGGCUCACGCGGGGAAGGGCCCCCACCCCGGCUCCUCACCGCAGACGCCCAACGGCCGCGCGGCCCUCUCCCCGCCCUCCCUGACCCAGGGCGCCAGGGCCGUCAGGAUCGUCCACGCCCCCAGCCUCACCAGCUACAAGGCGCAGAACGGAAGUUCCGGCAAAGCCACCCCGUCCACAGCAAAGGAGACCUCGUAAAGGCCAAAUCCUGUGCGGCGCAAGCUGGAAUUACUUCUUCUUCUUUUUGUUUUUUUCUUUUCCUUUUAGCAGUCUACAACUGUGUUUACCAGAGAAUGUAAAAUAGCGCUGUACCAUUUGAGGCUUCGUGCAUAGUGUCUGCUCAGUACUGGAUUGAUAGAUUUCGGUAAAGCGUGUUUUGUUUUUUACUUUGUUGCUGUCGUAACUACAUAAUGUUGACUGUCUACACUCAAUACCUACUAAAGGAAGUGAGCAUGUGCUACGAGAAGAGUGGAGAGAGCAACUGUGUGAGAGAUGGGAAAAUUGUAUGAAGCAUGUAAAACAUGUAUGAUUCCAGAAACUUAGUAUGUUUUGUAUAAAAAUAUUUUUCAUUAUGGAGACUAGAAGUGAACAGAGAAAUACACAAGUGUGACUAUAUGAAUUGUAAAACAGAUACUAUAAUAUUUCCUUUUAUUUUAGUGUUAUUUAGCUUUAUUACAGAUUUCUAUUUUUGUCAAAACUUCACGGUUCCUUUCAAGAUCUUUUUUGCCAAAACAUUUUGAUACUAUAUAGCAUUGUACAUUUGAAAGUAGACACUAGACGAUAAGCCAGUGAACUUCUACACAAGCCAAUAGGGAGACAUAUUUAGGAAGCAAUUCAUCAAAACGAUUGCACUGCCAUGAAAAGUAGGUAUAAUAAUUUGUUAGCCCACGUAAGCUAGUUUUCUUUCCUUUUUUUUCCUCCUUCCUUUUCUUCUUCAAAUUUUAACAUAUUGAGAUUCUCUAGUUGUUUUCUUUGGAAUAUCUAGCCCCUUUAUUUUCUGAGACCUGGUCACCCACACUAUUACAUUGUGGAUUUUAAAAUGUACACUUCUGUAUGGUUCUGUAAACUGAUCCACUUUUGUAAAUAUAUAAAUACCAAUAGACAUAAAAAUACUGUAUGUGACCACACAUAGAGUAGUUUUCCCACACCAAAGUUAAUUUUUAUGCAUGCUUUAAAAAUAUAUAUUGGGAUGGGUAGAAAUGGGACUAUCCACACAUUUUUAAAAAGCAACAAAUUUGCACAGUUGGAGUGUUUUUGUAAAUAAAUGUAUUUGUAUAACACCGUCAUGUAAUAUACAGAACUAUAAGCAGAGACUUUGCAAAACUAAAUAAAGGGCUGCAUGCUUAUUAUUUUUUGUACCUUG